UCGAUAGAGUUGUGUUGGGAGAGCCUAUGUCACUAACCCCUUUGUCUGCCCCUCUUUCGGAGCGAUUCUUUUCUCAUUCUUUCGUCGGACUCUCUGUCUCCUUUUGACGGCGGCACCAACGACAAAGCAAGCAAGCAGUGAUAACAUCUAUCUAUCUCUCCGUCUAAACCAAUUGAUUAGGCUAGAUCCCAAUUCUUCGAGUAUCGAUUCUUCUUCAAUCCUUUUUAUGUGAAUAUUCUCCUAAAGCAGCAACCUCUUGGGUUCUUCUUCUUCUGGUAACUGAUGGGGAAGAAAGCGAAGAAGAAGGCCCGAGCUCCAACAAAGGAGAUUCAGACCAUGGAAAUUUCCAAGAAGGUCUCAGAAGAGCCGCCUAGUCAAGCCGGGGAAAUUGCUGAGGGUGACGUUAAAGCAGUUAAGGAGACACAAGCUUGUGUGCAUUUCGAUAAGGCUCUUAAUUUGGAGAAGGUGUUGGAUAAGAUUAAGUCAUCCCGGCAGAUUAAGUGUGCAGAAUGCAAUGAAGGAGUGUAUGGAAAGAGAGGAACUAAAGCAAAGGGCAGUAAAGGGAAGAAGGAUUUUUCUUCUUCUGAUCCAAAAUCUAAUAACAAAGCCAUUUGGCUAUGUUUGGAAUGUGGCUGUUAUGUUUGUGGAGGUGUUGGUUUACCAAAUGGACCUCAGAGCCAUGUUUUGCGACACAGCAGAGUGACACGUCACCGAUUGGUGAUUCAAUGGGAAAAUCCUCAGUUAAGAUGGUGUUUCCCGUGCCAGUUGCUUCUCCCUGUUGAAAAAGAAGAUAAUGGCGAGAAGAAAGAUGUACUGUCAGAGGUUGUUAAAUUGAUUAAAGGACGAUCUUUGAACAAUUUAGCUUCAUCCGAUAUCGAAGAUCAGUGCUCAGGAAGUGGCAGUAUCACUAGUGAUAUCAAACUAGAAGGUGCUGUGACCAGUGAUAUAGAAGCAAGAGAUGGUUAUGUUGUGCGAGGUUUAGUUAACCUUGGGAACACAUGUUUCUUUAAUUCGAUAAUGCAGAAUCUUCUUUCUUUGGAUCGGUUACGCGAUCACUUCUUGAAAGAGAAUGGGUCUGGGGUCGGUGGGCCUCUUGCGUCUUCCCUGAGGAAAUUAUUCACUGAAACGAAACCAGAGGCAGGCUUGAAGAGUGUGAUAAAUCCUAGAGCCUUUUUUGGGUCUUUCUGUUCUAAGGCACCCCAGUUCCGGGGAUAUGACCAGCAUGAUAGCCACGAGUUGCUACGCUGUUUGCUAGAUUCGUUGAGCACCGAAGAAUCGGCCUUGAGAAAGAAGCGUGGUGUUUCUGAUAAUGAUGAGAAAUCUACUACUCUCAUAGAAUCUGUAUUUGGAGGCGAAACGUCGAGCAUUGUUAGUUGUAUGGAGUGCGGGCAUUCCUCAAAAGUCUAUGAACCAUUUUUGGAUCUCUCCUUACCCGUACCAUUCAAGAAAAGCCCUCCUAAAAAACCACAACCUGUUUCUCGAGCAAAAAAAGCUAAGCUUCCACCUAAGAGAGUCCCAAAGAAUGUGUCAAAAGUAAGUAAGGUUUCAAAAGUUCUCCCAGGUAUGGUUCUUUCGGAACUGAACUCUUCCGGAAAAUCUAUGGCUGUCACAGCUGAUUCGGAUACAUCCUGUUCCAGUUUAGCACCCCUUGAUAAUGGUCCGGUUUUAGAAACUCCUUCAGUUCUAACCCUUGACAAUAAUCAGGCCUCAGAAAGUGCAUCACAAAGUGAUACUGGUUUCGAUGGCUCCUGGUUGGAUUUUAUCGGACCAGAAACCUCUGGAGAUGAGACGAAUUUGGAUAUGCAAGAAGAUGGUAUUGAUAAUGUCAUUACAGCUGAGGUUAAUCAAAUUGUUCCCAGUCCAAAUAUUGUGGCGAAUAGCUCAGUUUCAUCGGGUGAUCAGACUUUGGAAGGUAAUACAGAGAGGCUGAUGCAAGAUUAUGAAGAAAUUGCAAAGGCGGAAGCCAAUUUGGAUGAAAAAGAUGUACAAGCUAUGCAGUCUGAUGAAUGCCCAGCUACAAGUGGUAUUUCUGCUGAAUUCAGUCAAGCUAGUUGCAUUGGUUGUGAUCCUGGUAUAGGGGAAAGUUCUUCCUCGGUGAAUCCUUGGGACGAGGAAGAGCUUCCUUUGGUGGUUGCAGAUUCGCAAAUUUUGUACAUGCCAUACAAAGAAAUAUCCUGUAAUGAUAAAUCAGUUGAAGGUGAGUGUGAAGCUUCAUCUUCAUUUGUUACUGGUGAUCAUGAACCACAAAACAGUGAUUUUGUUGAUUUUGGCGGUUUAUUUGAUGAGCCUGAGACUACUGAGGGACCUGUUUUUGGACCUCCUUCCAAGGCUGAAGCCUCGGGAGUUGGUUUUAUGGCGUUCAGCAGCGAGUCUGAUCCUGAAGAAAUCGAUGAUUCGGAUUUACCGGUGUCUGUAGAGAGGUGUUUGGGUCAUUUCACAAAACAUGAGAUACUGUCAGAUGACAAUGCUUGGAACUGCGAGAACUGUUCAAAGAACCUGAAACUCCAACGGUUGAGAGAAAAGCGAAAAUCCAAUGAAGAUGAAUCGAGAUCAAGCAACACCAGCAACGGAUGGGUGAAAGAAAAUGAAGAUGAAGGUUUUGGAGAAACCGAAAUUUUGGCUGUUAAACAAGAUCCAAAUGAUACUAGUUGUGUCAAGGAUCAUAGCUCUGAUGGAAGAAAAGCUGCGAGGAUUCACUCAGCUGAUGAAAGUGAAUCCAAAGGAACUCAAGAUGAAGACGAAGAUUCUGAGAAGGUGAUUACAGUGAAGAGAGAUGCAACUAAAAAAGUACUUAUAAACAAAGCCCCACCUGUCCUAACCAUUCAUCUAAAACGAUUCAGCCAAGAUUUGCGUGGUAGGCUAAGUAAAUUAAAUGGUCAUGUUGCUUUCAAAGAGGUCAUCGAUCUUCGACAAUAUAUGGACUCAAGGUGUAGCGGAGAAGACCCGCCCGUUUACAGACUGGCUGGAUUGGUGGAGCAUUCAGGGACGAUGAGAGGAGGUCAUUAUGUGGCGUAUGUUAGAGGAGGUCAGCGGGUUAAAGAGACUGAUUCCUCCUCCACUGCGUGGUAUAACGUAAGCGAUGCAUAUGUUCGUCAGGUUUCAUUGGAAAAGGUUCUGCAUUCUGAAGCGUAUAUCUUGUUCUAUGAACGGAUCUUCUCACAAGAAUGAGAAAUUAUUUUGUUUCCAUUACGAAAGGAAAGAAGAAAACCAGUUUUGAUCUUCUUCCUUACAAUAGCUUUUGCUGGGAAAGUUUUUGACGAUCACAUUAGAUCAAAUACCAUUAAUUUUGUUUUUUCUUAUUAUAUUUUGGAGUCAUGAAAUUUCAUUAUAUGUAUCAUCAGAAACAUUUCUGAAAGUAUUUGAGCCUCUCCAAUGAGUUACAUUCUUUUAUACAGAAAAAGAGUUGGUUCUAGAUUCGCAGAAUUUGAAGCUUCUUGC